AUGGAAACAUCCCUGGAUACAGCACAGCCGCGGUGGCAGCAAGUGGUGAAGCGCAUCGCAAGUCUAAUCCUCCACCAAUGGCUCCUAUUCGGGAUCGGGAUCGUAUGCGCCCUGGCAUAUUGCUUCCCGAACGUGGCCAAGCCCGGCGGCACUAUCCGCUCCGAAUACAGCAUCAUGUACGGCGUGAUCGCGAUAAUCUUCCUAAUCUCCGGCCUGAGCAUCCCGCGCCAGAAGCUUAUCUCGCACGUUCUGAAUUGGCGCCUUCACCUGAUCGUGCAGGUGAUUUCUUUUCUGUUUAUUCCCGCACUGAUACUGGCCAUUGUGUAUAUUAUCCUCGCUGUAGAUCCUGGGGGCAAGAUUGAUCGCGCCGUGUUGGCGGGGUAUAUCUUUACUGCUUGUAUUCCGACGACGAUUGCGUCCAAUGUUGUCAUGACGAGGUCUGCGGGUGGGGACGAUGCGGCUGCUUUAGUGGAGGUCUUGUUGGCUAAUAUUCUGGGGCCUUUUGUUACGGCUGCAUGGACUAUUGCGUUGAUGCCGAAGACAGUGGAGUUUGAUCCCUGGCGGUAUGGGGGUGGGGACUUGGGGAGUAUGUAUAAGGAGGUUUUUCAGCAACUGGGGCUCAGCGUGCUACUGCCGCUGUUUAUUGGGCAGCUGGUGAGGUGGACUUGGCCUGAUCGCACUGCGUGGGUCAUGCAGAAGACCAAGCUGCCUAAGCUGGCUAGUUUCUGUUUGUUAUUGUUGAUUUGGGCAACAUUUUCCUCCUGCUUCGCAACAGGAGCCCUCCAAACACUUUCCGCGGAGAGCAUAGUCUUCGUGGUCCUAUUCAACAUCAUACUCUACAUCACUUUAACAGCGGUAUGCUUCUUCUGCUCCAGACCACCGCAGGUUUUCAGCUCUCGGCGCUGGUCUAAACCCAUAUUCAAACGCAUGUCUCCACAGGAAACUAUUGCAGUGUGCUUUUGCGGGCCAGCGAAGAGCACCGCACUCGGUAUCCCGCUGCUCUACGCAAUGUGGCAGCCAGUGGAUUUAUUCCUAAAAGCGAAGACAUCGGUACCGGUGUUGCUCUAUACUACAGAGCAGAUCUGUGUGGCGCAUUUCUUUGUUCAGUUGUUUCGGUGGUGGCAUGCUAGGAUCAUUGAGAAAGAGGAUGUGGAUGACAGUACGGGCGAUGAUGUUGAGAUUGGUAUGGCUGAGGAAUUACGUGGAGAUUACGCUGGACGUGAUCAUGAGCAUACGACUGUUUGA